UUCAUAAAAAUUGAGGGAGAGACUAAGGCCAGCUAUGUGGUAGUUAUCUCAUGCAUGUAGCAUGCUUGAACCAAAAAAUAUGUCUAGCGCUCUAUUUAAUAACUAGAUUAUCGAUUUUACGGAUACUGGUCAAUCUAUCCCUGUAAAAUUGAUAAAAGUUAAAGGUAAACAUUGCCUCACGUAAUAUGUAACACAGAUCAUUGUCCUAUCGUAUGGUCAACGGUAUGCACGAGAGAAACAAAUGUGACUAAGAUCGAACUUAUUUUUUGGUUCCAUGUACAGAAAGUACAUGAAUACGUAGGUACUGCUUAAGAAAUUAAAGAUUACAAUAUGCAGUUAGGCACAAACAUGGCUGGAAAUAAAAUAAACACGAAGUCUAAAGGAAGGGAUGAUAAAAGCAAAGGUAAUAAAUGUGGAAGUCAAAAUAAUGAAGAAUCUGAUGACCACCAUGACUUUUCCAUGUUGAGGAAACCCAUCCUAACAAGCAUUACUGGGUUUGCCCAGGCAAGGAAAAUAUUUGAUCUUGGGACUAUUGAGCUUAAACAAUUAAUUACAAAUGAGUGUGAUCUGCUGUAUGAGUGCAAAGUUUGUCGCAAUAUAUUCAGAAGUUUGAUCAAUUUCAUUUCACACAAGCGGGUGUACUGUAAAGAGCAGUUCAAUACUUCACAACAUGGUCAUUUCCUAGCACAUUCAUCUAUGGUCAAUGAGUUCUUGAAACUAAAACGUCUCGAAGAAGAGUACAAUGAGUCUUUGAAAGCAAAAGUUGAAUCAGAACAAGACCUAGAGGAUGAGGGUCGUAUACCACUGACAAAGGAUCUGACAGCAGUUGUAGAAAACAUCACAAAGACUCGCGGAGUGCGAGAGGGAGUGAUUGAUGAGGUCCAACAGGUCACCCUACGUAAGAUAUCGAGUAGUCCAUAUGCAGUCUUUCAAAGUGCUGGUGGCAAUGAGGAGAUAAGAGCUGAUCACAUGCGACAGCAGGUGCAAGAGCUGGAUCAGCUACUAUCACAAGACAAGGCAGUGCUACAGAGCGAUGGAAAGUUCAAGAUAGAGAGCUCAAAACCUGAUAACCAGCAGGAAUCCGAGGGCGUGAUCCAGAUCAGUGAUGAUGAGGAGAAUGACACUGAAGAAGGAUCUCUGACUUGCAAAAUAUGCAACCUGCGGUUCUCAACGCAGAAGACGAUGAAGUUCCACAUGAAGUACAAGCACCUGGCGAGCCGGCUGGUGUUCCCGUGCCCCGACUGUGUGGACAUCUUCUCCACGUCCUGGAGCGUCUACCGGCAUCUCUUCAAGGUGCACCGAAAAUCCGCCGCCCAAAUUCGCCGGUUGCGAGAGUCCAUACAAGCGAAGGCGUUCAAAAUGAACAACCCGCCGCCGUCCUACGAGCGAAGGAAGAAUAAUAUGAAACCAGCCACCGAGGUCAAAAAGAUAUCUGAAGAGGAGCGAUUAGAUCAGGAGAAUCAGGCAUGGAUGGACAACAUGGAGAGCGACGGCUCAAUGCCGCGCUGCGGCGGCUGCGGCCGCUCCUUCGAACGCCGCGCCGCGCUCGCGUCCCACACACACACGUGUCAGCCGAGACACCGGGCACUAAGGCGAGCCACCGACAGAGACCCACGGAGGAUCGAGAUACAGAUCCGCAAGGACUAUAAUAAAGGCCCUAGUGGGGUCACCGUGAAGAGUAACGACGGGAAUGCAAAUAAAGCUCCUCAAGAUGAAAUUAAGAAAUCUGUAUUUAAAAUACAGAAGGAACCAGAAAAGAAAGUUGUUUUGGAGGAAGCGACCAUGUUCGUUGACGACGAGGAAGCUACGCCUCCUGAAGAUAACAAAGACAACGAUGAAAAUUCUACAGAACCUCCGGAGAAACCGGCUGAUGAGCCUGCAAAAGAAAAGCCAACGAUCAAGGUUGAAAAUGAGGAGGAGAAAGAUGAUCUACCAAUUGACCCACCAAUCCCCAAACAAGCGUUCUCCGAACAAUCAGAAAAACUAGUCAGCAACUUGGUAGCCUUCAAACAGAAGUUGCAGCAGAAUAAAUCUGACGUUGAUAUCCCGAACCUACACUGCAAUAUUUGCAACUGGAAUGCAAAAAAUAUUUACGAACUCUAUGACCACUUAGCCCAACAUUACAAAUGGGUCCGCUACACAUGCAAACUGUGCAAUUUCAAGAAUUACGAGUUCGAAAAACUAUCGGAACACGUCAAGACAGUUCACAAGUUGCGUGGCGAUAAUGAAUUCUACUGCAGUACUAUUAAAGCUUUGGAUGGCGCUGAGGCUUUGGAACACUAUAAUGCGAAUAACAGUGAAGAAGCGAUGGAUGAAACUGAAAGCAGUCCUAAUUCGCGACGGCCUAGUCGGUGUUCAAGCGAUUCUAGUCGAUUUUCUGACGACAGUUCAAACAGCAGUGCGCGCUUUGAGACCGCGACAAGGAAAAGGAAGAUGAAUACGGCUAAGACUAGUGGUAAAAAGAAGAAAAGACAGACUGACAAUGAUAAAGAUGAAAAGGAUGCAGUGAAGACUGACGGAGUAACUAUUGACAAAGUCAUCCACCAUGUAAUCUUUGGCGACGCUGAUACCAACGCCCAAGUGAAAUCGUUUGAGGAGAACUCAUCAGAUUUAGAUGAUACUGAAGACAAAAUUGUAAAGAGAAUGUCAACACCUGCAAUAGCAACUCGGAGACCAGUGCGUAAAAAGACUAUACGCAAAAAUGAAGAUUUCGAAUAUGACUUGUCAAAUCUUCUCAAAAUGGAAGCUCAGGGCUACAGAGAAUCUCAAAAUGUUGUGACCACUAAAACAACACAAACUAAAAAGAAACCAGCAAGUGAAAAUCAAACCAACCAACCAAGCCUGAAUGACACCAUAAGCAAUGAUUUCAUUGGAGCUUUACUAGCCAUGUCUAAGAAAUCUGUAGAUUUAUCAGCAGCUCUGAUUAAACCUUAUGAUAUGUCUGUUUUUAAAGCUGUAAAGGAACCCAUCAGAGCAUCUUAUCCAUUUGUGAAACCAAUGUUACCCAAAUUGCAAGGUAGGCCUGAUAAAGUUUCACCGAAGAAAGAUCUGACUGAUGAAAAAGAUAUAAAUAAAACAGCGACAAAAUCCACCAAUAUCAACAGUAUUAAUGAAACUACUGAUCCGCCUUUCACUAAUAAUGAAAUAAAAGCGAAUGUUAAAGAAAUGACGCCUGAAGUAAAACCUACCGCAGGUAAUAUCAUUCCAAUCAAACUGCGACGACAAAGUAUGGAGGUUAUAAAGAAUCCGAUAAUAAACAAAAAUAUAUCAGAACUAUCUAAGGCGGGGAUGAAGACUAAAAUAUUAGUAAUCAAACCGAUAAACAGGAAUAAGGACGGAUCUCCCUCAGUUGGAAAACCUAUUAAGUUCCAAACGAUUAAGUUGAAAGAUCCUAAAAGGGCAUCUAAAGACUCAAAUUCUGAUCAAGUAGUUGUUGUGAAAAUGCCUAAAGUUGACCGUGCCGCAGUGGCGACUAAUUCUAACAAAGAACUGCGAGUAACUGAAAAUAAUACGACCAUUACCCCUAUAGAUUCAGCCACUGCUAAGAGUCCGGAUAUCAAAAGUGAUGAUAAUGAAGCAAAAAAAUCUCUAUCUAAUGAUGAUGAUGUUACAAGUGUAAGUCCAAAAGACGACAAUAUUCAAACAAAUAAUGAGGAAUGUGAAAUUGUUAAUCAUGAUAGUAGGACAGGGACAGAAUAAAUUUGCCAUUUAGUUAUAAGUAGGAUAGGCAACCAAUUUAUGUUCAAAUGUACUUCUCGCAUAGUGCGAAUACUUGGAAUACUUUGUGUUAGUGUAAAUAAUUAUGAGUUUACAGUAGGUAAAUUAGAUUAUGAUUUACUCCUUACCCCUAAUUGAAUUUAUAAAACGUGUAAGGAAGUGCCUAGUUUAUACAUUUCCAGUCUUUACGUAAGAGUAUUGCAAUAUGUUUUAGUUCUAGGAAAAAAUAAAUUGUUUUUAAUUUGGGACUACCUACCAAUUUGUAUUAUGUACCUAGAAUACCUAGAUAGAUAAACUACGAAAUAAAAGCU